CCCAGGAUCAAACCAGGAACCAGGAACUCUGCAGUGCAGCGCUUUUCCAACUGAGCCUAUCUGGCAGCCGAACCACUUUGGGCGACGGCCCCGAAGACUCGGAGCGCUAAAGCAGACGGACUGCAGAGGUUAUCUGAAGGCCGAGGCCAAGAUGGCGGCGCGGGCAGCUCCCAGCCUGGUUCGCCCGAUCCUCGCUCUGUGCAGGUGGUAUGCAGGCUCCUCAGUGGCAACUCUCCACAUUCAGACCCUUGCCCAUGUGCCCUCAGGACUUACUCAUUACUUGUUGCAGAAAAGCAAUUGCUCUGGCAGGGGUGCAGUUGUUCAGGUGCGAUGUGUUCAUUCGAGUUUGACUGCUGACGGCCCAAGCAGCACACAGCCUGCAGUGUCCAAGGCCGGAGCCAUAGUCCCCAAACCCAGCUCACUUCCUAGCAGCCGGGGCGAAUAUGUGGUAGCCAAGCUGGAUGACCUCAUCAAUUGGGCCCGCCGGAGCUCCCUGUGGCCUAUGACCUUUGGCCUGGCCUGCUGUGCCGUGGAGAUGAUGCACAUGGCAGCACCCCGCUACGACAUGGACCGCUUUGGUGUAGUCUUCCGAGCCAGCCCGCGCCAGUCAGAUGUCAUGAUUGUGGCCGGCACGCUCACCAACAAGAUGGCCCCUGCACUCCGCAAGGUCUAUGACCAGAUGCCAGAGCCUCGAUAUGUCGUGUCCAUGGGGAGCUGCGCCAAUGGAGGAGGUUACUACCACUACUCAUACUCCGUCGUGAGGGGCUGUGACCGCAUCGUGCCUGUGGACAUCUACGUCCCAGGCUGCCCACCCACAGCUGAAGCCCUGCUCUAUGGCAUCCUGCAGCUGCAGAAGAAGAUCAAGCGGGAGAAGAGACUCAGCAUCUGGUACCGAAGGUAGUGCCUCCUGACUACCACUCUAUGUCCUCUUCAUCAUCCUGAGAAAUGGUCAAUAAACCCAAGAAACGCACCUGGAU